AUGUGGCGGUUGGAGCGACAAAGAGGAAUGGGUUCAGAUGUGAGGUGGGGUGCGGGUUCAGAUGGGAGGUUGGGUGCGGAUUCAGGUGGGGAGAUAGAUGACUGUAGGGAAGGUGGUGGAUUGUCAGAGAGGAUGGGAUGGGAUGGGAUGGCUGGGCAGGGAGAUGGUGGAUUAGGUUGGGUGGUGGGUGAGGAAGGAAGAAGGGCCGUGGGGUUAAUAGGUUGGGCUCGAAAGAAUGAGGAGGACUAG